CAAACCAAUAUGAACAAUUAUGGAUAUCCAAUGGUGAUGGUCAUUGAACAUUUGCAGUGUUCCAUGUCCAAUGAUCUGCUCUGUAAAUUUCCAGAUAAUUCAGCAUUCGAUUUCGAUUAUACCCAGAGUUCAAUUUGGUCUCCUCUAGUACCUAGACCAUUGUCAUCGGCGUCUAACCGGAGGUUCAGCUCUGGUUUAUCUCGAAAGCUGUCGUAUGAGGAUGUCUCGGUAGGAUGUACUAAUUUCAACAAAGUUACGGCAAAAAUCAAGAGGAAGUUGUCUAAUGCUGUUACAGAGAAAAUGAGAGAGUAUCAUAGAUCCAAGAAGAGAAAGAAGAAGGCGUUUGAUUUUACUCGUCUACCUUCUUCUUCUAAACUCACCUCGACUACUCAAACCCCACGAAAGGGGUGGGUUAAGGUACUGAAAGCGGCUACGAAGCAUUUCAAGAAGAAGAACAAGAAGAAAGAUUCUACAGGUGAUGUUAAUUUUUGCAAAUUAUUGACUGACAACACUCUUCUGUGAACCAUAGAAGUUGUUUGAAUAUUUUACAGGGAAGGGCAGAACAAGAAAUUUGUCUUGUUUCUUUGUAAUACCUUAAUUUUCACUGUAAUCAGCAGAUGUGUAGCUGAAGAGUGCAUUUGUUUAAGUAAUGUAAUGUAGCAAUUCUACUAUGAUUGCUAGAAAAAAGAUGGAGCUUACUGGCUCUGUCCUUGUAAUAUUAUGAUUUCUUGAAUCUGAACUAUUUUUAUACAUU